AUGUUUUCUUCACUAUCUGCAGGGUAUGAUGAUUUAUGGAAGGCCAUAAUUCGACCUCCAAGAGAUAACGAGUACACUGAAUAGGAUUUAGGUAAGAUAAGCAUGUAUAUUUAGGUCCCAGUCAAUUUAAAAUUUAGGGAGUAAUGAUCAAGAGAACUGAUUUUUAAAUCAAAAAUAAGAGAGGCCUCAAAUUGGAAUGCUCAUUUUUUGAGCCCAUUCAAAAACCAUGUGAGUAAUUGCCAUGCGUAAUAUACUUGCAUGGUAAUAGUAGUAGCAGGUUAGAAUGCUUGGCUUCUUUGGAUGGACUUCUUCAGGUAUUCAAAAUAUAAAUAUGAAAAGCAAUAUAUCUAAGUGUUCAGUUUUGAUUUUGCUGGUUGUGGCAAAUCGGAAGGAGACUACAUAUCCUUAGGAUGGUACGAGAGAGAUGAUGUUGAAAUAGUAGUUGACUGGUUGCGUUAAAGCAAUAAAGUUUCGACCAUAGGAUUGUGGGGUCGAUCAAUGGGUGCAGUCACUGCUUUAAUGCAUGCUGAUAGAGAUCCUAGCAUAGCUGGCUUAGUUUUGGACAGUGCAUUUUCAAAUUUAAAGACCUUGGCAGAAGAGUUAGCAAAAUAAUAUGCUCAAAAAGUACCCUCUUUUGCUAUCUCUGCUGGAUUGUCUAUGAUAAGAAAAACUAUUUAAUCAAAAGCCAAUUUUGAUAUAGAGAACAUCAAUCCCCUUAAGAAUCAUGUUUCUAAGGCUUUCAUUCCUGCAUUCUUCAUUGCAGCCGAUGAGGAUACUUUUGUAUUACCUCAUCACACUAAGAAAUUACAUGAAGCUUAUGCUGGAGAUAAAAAUAUUGUAAUAGAUAUUAUCUUUAUUUAAAUAGUCCAUUGUUCCUGGAGAUCAUAAUUCCAAGAGGCCAUCCUUUGCUAUGAACUCGAUAGCAAUCUUCUUUUAUAAUACUCUGUAAGUGAAGCAUUUAGUUCCUGAAUACAAGGUAUUUGAUAAAAAUAUUUAAAGCAGCCUGAUCAUAAAUCUGACAAUAAUCAAUAAUUUUAGGAGGCCGACUUUUUAAAUAAUUAUCACAAUCACGUUGGGAAUGCAUUUUAAGUCUAGGGAGCAAUGAAUGAAUUUGAUGAAGAUGAAGAGUUAAGGAGAGCAAUAGAGGAAAGUCUUAAAAUAAGUAAUUCUGAACCUAACCAAUAAAAUUAAUAAAACUCAUAAAAUAGACCACAAGUUUAACCAUAUAAACAACCCGAAGAUCUGUUAAAAUUCUCAGAUGAUGAGAGUUUGCUAUGA